AGCCACCACACUCAGUUAUUUCUGGAAGUUCGCGCAAUGCACUUCAAUGCUACGGGUUGUUGUGGUGGCGCCCUCAAUUGGUUUCGCUUACAACAAAUACGGCAGUAAUAUAAGAAAAAAACAAACAAACAAACAAACAAACGCAUAUAUGUACAUAACAAUCGUAUAAUAGAAAUAAAAGUGCACAUUUGUGUGUGUAUGUACUUAGUACAAAAAUAUAGAAAAUGCUCAGCAGGCGUGUGUAGUGUGUGUGGAGCAAGUGCGUCGAGAUUUACUAAACUUAUUAUGGUUAAAUUUGUAGUAUGUAUAAUGUGCGCCAUGAUGUGUUUUAAAAGAAUCGCACCUUAGUUUACGAUUUUAUUUGGUUCAAUAAGUGUGUGCAAAACGAUAAUUCCUACGAAAAGUGUAUGCCAAUAUCCUAAAUCGCAACGUUCAACCGUCCAACGCAAUAAAACUGAUGAUUUGUUAUUUGUUAAGCAAAAACAAUUGAAAUCUGCAAAAUAUCAACUAAAAUAUUUGCCAUACAAACACACUUAACCCAUCUACACUCGCACUUCGAUUCUCAAAAAAAAAAGAAAAAAAAAAAGAUUAAAAAAAAUGCAUUUAAACAUUUCAUAUUUACGUAAACGUCUGAGAAGUACCUCGACCGCCAGUCACAGCGCCACACACCGGAAUGCUCUCAACGCACUCCAUCGGCUGUGCUGUUCAGUCUUGCGGAUUCCAUUCCUGGUGUUGCUGCUGCUGUGCCAGCUAAGUGUAGAUAUAGAUUAUAGACUAUGGAGUGGACAAGGCGGCAGUGGUGGUGGUGGUGGUCCACGUAUGUUGGUAGCAGCCAGUCAAUCUGGCAUUUACAUAGAUAAUGGCGUCGAUCAGACGAUAAUGCAUCGCGUCUUGGACGACGAUGACAAAAUGGAUGUGUCCUAUGAGAUUUUGGAAUUUCUAGGAUUGUCGGAGAGACCACGACGGAAGCAUAGUCAUUUGUCGUUGAGAAAAUCAGCACCACAAUUUCUACUCGAUGUCUAUCAUCGUUUAACCGAGGAGGAGAAUAGUGAAACGCCUACGCGUUCAAAACGUGAUCUCGAAGAACAGGAAAAUUUCAUAACCGAUCUCGACAAGCAAGCCAUCGAUCAAAGUGACAUCAUAAUGACGUUUUUAAAUAAAAACCACCAUGUCGACGAAGUGCGUCACGAGCAUGGCCGGCGACUUUGGUUUGAUGUAUCGGAUGUACCCAAUGAUAAUUACUUAAUGAUGGCCGAGUUGCGUAUAUAUCAAAAUCCAGCGCAGGGUAAAUGGAUGACCAGCGGAAAAGAGUUUACCAUCACCGUUUAUGCGAUUAUUAAUAUGGAAGGUCAGCGAGAAUUGGAGAUGCUCUCCUCAGUUAAUACGACCUCAGAUUAUCAAGGAUGGUUGGAAUUGAAUGUGACACAAGGACUGGAUAUUUGGCUGCAUGGUUACGAAAGAAGCAAUAAGGGGCUCUAUAUUGGAGCACAUGCGGUGAAUAAGCCAGAACGUGAAGUAAAGUUGGAUGAUAUAGGUUUGGUGCAUCCGAAGGGCGAUGAUGAAUAUCAGCCAUUUAUGAUCGGAUUCUUUCGUGGGCCAGAGCUCAUUAAGUCCACGAAUCGCCAUAGUCGCCAAAAGCGCAAUACGCCACAUGUACGCCGACGCAAGAAGUCCGAAAUGAUCAACCCGUUCCUUGAGGGCACUAUGGAGAAUAUGCGCAGUUGCCAAAUGCAAACGCUAUACAUUGAUUUCAAGGAUCUAGGCUGGCAUGACUGGAUCAUUGCGCCAGAGGGUUAUGGCGCCUACUAUUGCAGCGGUGAAUGCAAUUUCCCAUUAAAUGCUCAUAUGAAUGCCACGAAUCAUGCCAUUGUUCAGACUUUGGUGCAUUUGUUGGAACCGAAAAAGGUGCCGAAGCCUUGUUGUGCGCCAACACGUUUAGGUGCUCUACCCGUCCUCUAUCACUUGAACGAAGAAAAUGUUAAUUUAAAAAAAUAUAAAAAUAUGAUUGUGAAAAGCUGUGGCUGUCAUUAA